AUGGCGACAUCCCCUGCGACUCUCGUCACAUUCGACAAUGUAAGAUUCGAGUCACUUGUGACCGGUCCUACUGAUCGACAACUCUAUCAACAAGGUCCAUACAUCAAAAUCUUGCACCGCGUCAGUUACAGGAAUGCAGAGACCAUCGCCUGCUAUCACUAUCCCGAGCGCCUCAUCACCGAGCUUUGGCCAGAGUGCCGGAUUGGCGACGAAGAUUUAGGUCGAGCGGUAUUGUUCGAGUUCAACGCUGGUGUGCAGGGUUUUCAGGAUGUCCUGCAGUGGACUUUGGUGUGCGUCAUCAAUGGACGAUUUGAUGAUCUUGCAAGCUAUACCUCUUCCCGACGAAGGACUCUGCGACGCAUGAGAACCGUGGCUGAUAUCUUCGAAAUGGAGAAGCUAAUUGAGAACUUAGAGUCAGCACAACCUGCCAAUACCGAAGACACUCCAUAA